UCCCCAUUUUUCAUUUUUCCCCUUGUUUUAUGCAAAUUUUUUUCAAAAACUUGGAUCUGUAAUCCGUCGCUCUCUCGACUACUCCCAUCAGGAUCUCUCUCUCUUUUGAUUGAUCGGAUCGGUUAGGGUUUUUCAGCUCCUCCCAGACGAAAUCGCUGCGAAUAAGCGCGAUUACCUUAAGACUCACUCCUAGGGUUCUAAGGCGCGGAUCUAGCCAAGCUCUUCUCAUCCUUUCUUCAGCUACUACGGCGAAGCUUCUCUCAGCUCAGCUCCUCCCUCGCAGCAGCCAUGUUCUGGAAGCUCACUUCUCUCUCUGCAUCUUCUCCGGUGGAGACGGUACUAGACAAAGAGAGUUUCACCUUGGAAGAGCUUCUUGAUGAGGAAGAGAUUAUCCAAGAAUGCAAGGCUUUGAAUAGCCGCCUCAUUAAUUUUCUAAGGGAUAAAGCUCAAGUGGAGCAGUUGUUGCGGUAUAUCGUUGAAGAGCCUCCAAAUGAUGCUGAUGAUAGUAAACGUGCUUUCAAGUUUCCGUUCAUCUCGUGUGAAGUAUUUACAUGUGAAAUUGAUGUUAUUCUUAAAACUUUGGUGGAUGACGAAGAGCUGAUGGACUUGCUUUUUUCCUUUCUGGAACCAAGUCGUUCUCAUAGUGCAUUGCUGGCAGGCUAUUUCAGCAAGGUUGUCAUUUGCCUUAUGGUCAGAAAGACUGCUGCGCUUAUGAAUUAUGUGAAAGGGCAUCAAAGUGUUCUCUGCCAGUUGGUUGAUUUGAUUGGAAUAACAUCCAUCAUGGAGGUUUUGGUUCGCUUGGUUGGGGCGGAUGAUCAAGUCUAUCCCAACUUUCUUGAUGUGAUGCAAUGGCUGGCAGAUAACAAUUUACUUGAAAUGAUCGUGGACAAACUCGACCCAUCUAGUCCUCCGGAGGUUCAGGCAAAUGCAGCAGAAACAUUAUGUGCAAUUUCUCGGAAUGCACCAUCAGCUUUAGCUACACAACUCUCGAGCCCUGGCUUCGUUGCUAGGAUAUUUGGUCAUGCUUUUGAAGACUCACACUCUAAAUCGGGUCUAGUUCAUUCGCUUUCAGUAUGCACCUCUCUGUUGGAUCCGAGAAAAUCAGCUCCGUCAUCAUCUAUGUUCAAUUCUUAUAGAGGUCAACAGAUGUUCGAGUCUCCCGUCCCAGUGUCUCAGGAGACUAUUGGUGCCAUGCUGCCUAAACUAAGCGACUUGCUUAUGCUUCUCAAUGUAGCAUCUGACAGCACAGUAUUGCCUACAACAUAUGGUGAACUGAGGCCUCCUCUUGGAAAGCAUCGUCUAAAGAUUGUGGAGUUUAUUGCAGUUUUGUUGAGAACUGGAAGUGAAGCUGCACAGAAGGAGUUAGCUACUUCAGGAAUAAUCAAAAGAACCAUUGAUCUAUUUUUUGAGUACCCGUUCAGUAACGCUCUGCAUCAUCAAGUGGAGACUAUAAUACUUUCUUGUCUGGAAAACAAGAGCGAUUUGAUGGUUAACCAUAUUCUCCGAGAAUGCAAUAUGAUUGGAAAAUUCCUCGCUUCAGACAGGGACUCGGAUCUCUCAGGUGAUAGCCAGCCUACUGUAGCAGCAACUGGGAAGAAACCCCCUCGAGUGGGAUAUAUUGGACACAUCACAAGAAUAUCAAAUAAAAUUGGUCAGUUGAGUAACAGCAAUGACCAGCUAAAGGCAUACCUUCAGGAAAACAGCGAAUGGAAUGAGUGGCAAGGUAGCGUUCUGCAGGAGCGCAACACUGUUGAGAAUGUCUACAGAUGGGGAUGCGGGCGCCCAACCACAAUACAAGAUAGGACAAGAGAUAGCGAUGAGGAAGACAAGGAUUACGAUGUUGCGGCUCUGGCCAAUAAUUUGAGCCAAGCAUUUACGUAUAAAAUGUAUGGAAACGAUGACAAUGAAGAGGACCACAAUGCUCUGGACAGAGAUGAUGAUGAUGUGUACUUCGACGAUGAAUCUGCUGAAGUAGUAAUUUCAUCCUUAAGACUCGGAGAUGACCAAGGAAGCUUGUUUACAAAUUCAGAUUGGUUCACAUUCCAAGACAACAGGUUCGGCAGCACGCCCUCCGACGCAGCAGGUUCCAAUACAUUACAGGACGAGGAACUGAACAGAGCCUUCAAUGCCAACACUAGCAGCAGCGACGACGACGAGGUGGUUGUUGGAGAAGAAGACGAUGAUCUAACCAGGAAUCCAAAGGAUAGCGCAGCUGAAACCAACUUCCAAAUGGAGAAUCCAAUGGGGUUCUUCGACUUCAACACGUUGGAGAAAACCAAAGAAGCUUUAGCAGAACAGCCACCCGAAUGGGUUGGGUGGAGCGAGCCAUCAUCCGAUAGGCAAGUGAGUGGCACUGGUCUGAACCCAUUCCUUGAUGAUGACAGCAAAAACAUGAUGAACCUCGACAUACCAAUGCCGGAGGCAAAAACCGAACCUGUGAUUCAAAACGGGUCGUCGUCACCAACAGAAAAAUCGCUGUUCGAGAAGGAUGUGGAGUUUGUGGGAGUGGAAGCAGAAGGGACAGAGAAAGCGAUGGAGCAAGCGAUGAAAGAAGGGACAGUAGGAGAAGCUGGAGCGAUGAAGAGGAAGAUGGAGACGGUUGAGAACCAAAAGGCUGAGGAGGAAAGUAGGGGAGUGAAGGAGUUCAACGAUAACAAUUACUGGAAAGUUGAUCAAGAAGUCGGAGUUUUGGAGUGAAAACAAAUCAGUUAAUCUUGUACAUUAAUGAUUUUGUAUGAGAGUGUUUGUGUAAGAAAACUUUUGUUUUUUAGUUGAAAUUUGGUUUAAGAGAG